AUGGCCGCCAAAGAGUAUGAGGGCACGGCGCGGUUGACGCUCGAUGCCGUCAUCGGCUUCGGGGGCCGCGUGCCCAACAGCAUCAUCGCCCACCCAGACGGUGAUCAUUUGGUCUAUGCGCUGGGUGCCUGUGUCGUGAUUCAGGAUCUUAAUGACCGCACCGCCUCUGAUUUUGUCUACGGGCACAACGACAAGAUCAGCUGUAUCACUGUGAGCUCGAGUGGGCGCUACAUCGCGUCAGGGCAGAUGACGCACCCGGGAUUCCAGGCAGAUGUUUGCAUUAUUGACUUUGAGAAGCGCCGUUUGGUUCACCGCAUGCUUCUCCACAAGGUAAAGGUGCAGGCGCUCGCCUUCUCUAAGGACGAGCAGUACCUUGUCUCCAUUGGCGGCGUGGAUGAUAACGCCGUUGUGGUGUGGGACGUGUCAACGGGACGCCCGCUCUGUGGCGCGCCUGCACACCAUACGGAGUCGAAAGCGGUUGCUUUCUUUAACAACAACAGUGAGAAACUCAUCACGGGGGGUGUAGGCUCACUUCGUGUGUGGACCAUUGACCCAGUGGACCGCAAGAUGAACCCUGACGAUGUCAACAUGGGCAACAUGCGUCGCAGCAUCACAACCAUCGCUGUGGAGGCCACAGAUCGCUACAUGUACUGUGGCACGACAACCGGUGACGUUUUGUGUGUCCUGCUGGAACGUAACGCUAACACUUUCAAAAUGAGCGGUCCGCAGAAGAAACUCUCUGGUGGCGUCACCUCCAUACUGCUCAACUUGUCCGGUGACGUUUUGGUGGGAAGCGGUUCUGGCGAAGUGGCGCUGCUCUCCAAGAUCAAUCUAACACUGCUCAAGCAGGUGACCGUUCAAGGCGCCGUUACAGGACUUGCCAUCGCCCCACAGGGUUACAUUGUGGGUACAAUAGAAAGCAAUGUGUACCUUGUCGAAGGUGGUAACUUUCAUGCAGAACUGCGAUUGACCUGCCACAGUGACACCGUGAACGACAUUGCGUUCCCUGAUGGUUUCAGUGCUCUUUUUGCAACCUGUUGUGGUCCAGACAUUAGAGUGUGGAAUACAUCGACGACCAAUGAGCUCCUGCGCAUUCAAAUUAAUGGACUCAUAUGCAAUUGCAUUCAGUUUACUAAAGAUGGCUCGAUGAUAGUCUCUGGUUGGGAUGAUGGCAAGCUGCGCGCUUUCGGUCCACAGUCUGGGAAACUAGUCUUUGCUGUCAAUGAUGCCCACAAGAGAGAAGGGAUAAAGAGUGUGAACGGAGGUAAUGGUGGUGUGACAGCUGUCUGCGUCGACAAUACAUCACAGCGCAUUAUCUCUGGUGGUGCGGAUGGUCUUGUCCGAGUCUGGUUGGUGCAAGGCAACCACUGUACGCUUGAGGCCUCGAUGAAGGAGCACAAGGCAACUGUAAAUGCCAUCUGCGUUUCACACGACAAUACGGAGUGUGUCAGUGCAAGUGAUGACGGCAGCUGCAUUGUGUGGGACUUGGUGCGGCACGUCCGUCGCGAUGUCAUCUACUCCCAGACGAGGUUCCGUGCAGUGGAGUACUUUGUAGAUGAGAGCCAGCUGCUGACAACUGGCACGAACAAAACCAUUACGUGGUGGGACUCUGUGGACUGUGGUGCAAUUCGCGAGAUCCCUGGCAGCAGGACUGGCGAGGUGAAUAGUCUCUCCAUGUCCGCCGAUGGGCGCUACUUUGUCUCGGGUGGCGACGACCGCAUUGUGAAGGUGUGGGGCUACGACGAAGGCGUCUGCGUCGCGGUGGGGCUGGCGCACAGCUGCAACAUCACUAAGGUGCGGGUGUCGCCCGACGGCAAGAAGAUCGUCUCGGUCGGCGACGAGGGCGCCAUUAUGAUUUGGUCCGUUGGGGAUCUUAAUAUUCGCUCGCUGGCUGACUAA